AGUUAUUUUGAUUAUUUUCUUUAUUAAAAUAUAUUUUUGUGACAAAAACUUAAAAAAAAACCUAUUUAAGAAAAUUACCCCUUCAAAUAUAAUAAUCAUCAAGAACGUAAACAACAGCUGGAAGCCUGGAAGGGCAGUUAUUUGUUCAUUUUGUUAAUGGCUUCAGUGAACAGACUGCAUUUCGUUUUAUUAUUUAGGUAAUAUUCAUGUUUCCUUGUAUCUAGUUUCAUGACUCUUGUAAUCUGAUCCUGAGAUGGAUAAAACAAAUGCUUGAUGUUCGAUUAUGCUUCAAGACUUGUUUUUCUUUCUUUCUUGGCGUACAUGCUGUUGGGACCAUGGUAGUUAAUAGUUAUUGAGGUAGGAACGAACGAUAUAUCAUGGCAAAAUGUUUCGAAAGAACGGCCGUUAAAAUCAUUUAGAAGGCGCCGAAGCGCUCGGCGGAAGCUUACCAUGAUGUACCGUAAUCGCGCAACCAAUCGGUUUCACUAAAUAAUUCAUUUUUUCCAUAGUUUUGAGCGCUUAAAAUGUAUUAAAGCCUAGGUUAAACUUAUUAAUUUGAUGCAAACCAAGAAAACUCACAAAUUUGAUGUGGUUUUCAAUAUUUUUUAAACCAGACCGAAAACUGAACCGAUAAUUAUUUAGAUCACAGUUCAAUAUGAUUCAAUCGGAUCAAAUCUGGUUCAAUAUAUUUCUAAUACAGAAAUUCAAAGUUAAAGUAUUUGGAUUAGGACAUGUCCGAACGGACGAGUUUUAAUUCAUAGAACUCAAAUUGCCAUAAAAAUAAAUUAUUUAAUAUCAUGUACCUUUAAAAUGAAAUAGCUUAAAUUUGUCUUUUGAUCUAUUUUGAUCAUAAUCUUGUGUAAAAUAUUUAAUGUAUUGUAAUUUUUGAAAAAGUUUCUAUAAUUUGGUGAUUUGUUUUAAUAUGCUAUGAAAAGACACAUUUUAUAUAAUUUAAACAUUCACUAAUUUUAUGAUAUCUUUUCAUAUAUAUUUGUGUAAGUAAAUAUAUAUUUGUCUAAUUUUAGAUAUUUUAACUUUAUUUCAUUUUUUUGUAAAUUUAAGCUAUUUGUGUGUGCUAUUUUUUUUUAAUAUAUACUCGAUAAAAUUGAAACAGAUUUUUGAUGAAUUUAUGGGUAACAGGCCUGACGGCGGAGCCGAAAAUAAAAACAGAAAACCUAAACAAAAGUUACAUUUUAAAAAUAAAAAUUUGAGUUCCCAGAAGUACAGGGUCGUCCCUGGGCCUUCUGCAUAGUUAUGGGCUUUUGAUAUAGUUUUGCUAUCCCCUUGUUAGAAAAGUUAGGUUUCCUUAUAACGCUACCACAAUAACCUCACAAUAUCCUUCACAUCGAAGCUGCUAGAUCUUCAUCUCCGUGAGACCGACCAUGGCUGGAAACAGUUCUGGCGUCAUCACUAUCCCUCUAGAUCUAGUGGUGGAUAUACUCGAGAAACUCCCUACCAAAUCUCUAGCGAGAUUUCGAUGUGUUUCGUAUCAAUGGGAAAGUAUUAUCAAUAACUACAUAGUCAUUGAUUCCAUCGUGACUCGGCGAUCAAAUCAACCACCACGUGAUCCCCACUUCUUCAUCGAGAAGCUUUUGAAUCAACCGCAGCGUGGUCUCCCCUUCCGUUCGUCCCCUAGACCGUCUUCCAUCUUAUCGUAUACCUACCUUUAUCACCAAGUCACAGACGAAGAGCAACUCUAUCACGAGGAGAUCAUCGGAAAAUACGAAGGCUAUCUCGAAGACUUUCAAUACGUACGUGGCUUGAUAGGGUUUUCGUGUUAUUCAGAUAAUGGUCAGUUCAGAAUAUACAACCCUACCACGACGCAGUCUCUUUCCUUGCCCGUUACGCGUCUACCAGGAUCCUUGUUCUACUUAUUCGGGUACGACACUUUCAAGAAUCAGUACAAAGUCUUGUGUCUAACACCGCGUCGACAGGAACAGUCUUGUAAGCUUUUCAUAUUGGGAGAUGUCUCAAACGAGUGGUGGGACAUCCAAUGCGGCGUUGGAGGCCACUUCCCUUUGGAACAAGCUGUUUGCAUCAACGGGACAAUCUAUUACAAAGCAAGGAAAAUAGACUGGACUCAUGUUUUGGUGAGUUUCGACGUUAGGCAUGAGGUAUUUAAUCAUGUUCAGACUCCGGAAAAUCUGUGGUUGUCUGGUGACCAUGGAGAUUCGACUCUUGUAAACUACCAGGGGAAGUUAGGGUGCGUAUGUCCAAAAAACUUCAGCCUGAACACGGUGGAUGUUGAUAUGUGGGUUAUGCAGGACGCUGAGAAGCAAGAGUGGUCGAAGGUUACAUUCUUAGACAUGCUUCAUGGUUUACCGAGUUUGAAUAUCAGAUUUGCGGGUGUCACUAAUCCUGGAGGCGAAAUCGUUCUAGUCCACAAAGAUUAUCUCAGUGAGUUGGCAAUAAAUGUGUAUUAUUAUGAUCCGAAAACAAGUGGUCUUAGAAGAGCUGAAAUCCAGACUACAACAUCGUUAUAUAGAGUAAGGCCUAGUGAAAAUGUUACAAUCAGGGCUGUGACGGAUCAUGUUGAGAACAUCAUGCGGCUGUAAUUCUCUGCUUUAGUUAUUAGUUUUGGAAUACUAAAUAAAAUGCCACUUAUUUAUUUUUGUGGUUAUUUAGUCAUGACUGAAACACAAGUUAUAUGUGUCACGUCUCAUUUUGUUUGAUUCUGGAGGAUAAUGAGUCAUUCAAGAUGUUGAUAUCAUCUGGAAGGGCCGUUGUUCGUCUUGCUUUCUCUCUUUUUUUUUUUUUUUAGUUUGUUAAUUGCUUUAGUGAUCAGACAGCAUUUCGCCUUUCUUUUGGUACUAUUGAUGUUUAUUUGUUUCUAAUUUCAUGAUUAUAGUAAUCUGAGAUGGAUAAAACCAAUACUUGAUGUUUGAUUAUGCUUCAGGACUUGUUUUUUUUUCUUGGCUUACAUCCGGUGGGGAAUUACCUAAGCCCAAGAGUUGCCUGCACAUGUUGGUACUGUUGUUGGACUAUGGUAGUUAUUGAGGUAGGAAGGAACUAUCUUAUCGUGUGUUAAUGCAUGUUUGGCAUUUUCAAAAUAGAGGGUAAACAAAUAAACCACCGAAAAGUGUCGCAAAAAUUGUUUGUUUCCCUUCAGAAAACUGUUUACGGAAAAAGAAGAUCAACUGGAAUAUCUGUUAAUAAAACUCGGGAAUUGAUUAUGCCAUAUGUCUGAAUCCGAAGUUGUUUGAUUUAGAUUUUGAGAGUAGGUUUGAUGAAUUUAGAUUAGAGCUUCUGAGUCAGUAAAAAUAAACGCCGAGGAGAGUGAAGUUGAAGUCACUGUUUCUUUGUCGUCUAAAUCAUGCAACUCUCAUUACUAGUGUUAACCACACCGGAGUGGUUUAAUGGUAGACGGACUUCGGUGAAAUCAGGUUCGAAUCAAUCCCAUGCGGAUAUAAGAUCAUGUUUAGGAACUUAUUUGAAAAUCUAAGAGAUGAAAUCCCUUGGCUCCACCUCCCUUUUGAAAUUAGAUUGGGCUUCUUAAUAAGCAUGGGAUACCUCCCAAAUUAAAAAAAAAAAGAAAAAAAAACUUGAAAACUAAAGUUGCAAGACAAAAAAAA